CUCACCUAGCAGGGCGUGCUGGUGGGUCAGAGCUCCGCCCCUUUAAGGUCCCUCUGAUGCUCACUGAGGACAAUUGUUGCCUGGUUACAUUGUUACAUAGGGGACAUCCAUCCUUGAAAAGGCCUCAGCAGGCCCUGGGCCAUGUGAAAGAAGGGCAGAUUCAUGGGCUGAGGAUGGGAUAUUCUUGAGGAUUGGGCACAGCCUGCUAGCUCCACCUGGGGGACAAACUGAACACUGUGGAAUCCCGUGGCUUUUGAGCUUCAGAGGUGGGUGUUGUGUCAAAAAGUGGUCCAAGUGUUCUGUUUUUAUUUUGGUGAAGCUCGGAACAAUCCGCUGUAGACAUGUUUAAUCGACAUAUGUUAGACACUCCAGCCGUGAUUAUUGACAAUGGGUCUGGGCUGUGCAAAGCAGGCUUGUCUGGAGAGACUGGACCCCGUCACGUCAUCAACUCUGUUGUGGGGUAUCCAAAAUUGGACUUGUGUUCAGCUGGAUCCACUCAGAAGGCAUACUAUGUGGGGGAAGAUGCCCUGUCCAAGUAUGAUGCCCUACACCUGCACUACCCCAUUGAGCGUGGCCUCGUCAGUGGCUGGGAUGACGUGGAGAAGCUCUGGCAUCACCUUUUUGAGUGCGAGUUGAGUGUGAAACCCAGUGACCACCCCGUGCUCAUGACUGAGCCCUCCUGGAACCCAAGGGAGAUUCGUGAGAAAAUGGCAGAGGUAAUGUUUGAGACCUUCAACGCUCCUGCCUUCUAUCUGUGUAACCAAGCAGUUUUAUCGCUGUAUGCUUCUGCCUGUGUCACGGGCCUGGUGGUGGACAGCGGGGACGGGGUCACUUGCACUGUCCCUGUCUUUGAAGGAUACUCCCUGCCUCAUGCUGUCACCAAGCUAUAUGUGGCAGGAAGGGACCUCACAGAGCAUCUCACCCAGCUCCUCCUGUCCAGCGGGCGUGCCUGCCCCAGCAUACUCAACAAGAGCUUGGUGGGCGACAUCAAAGAGAAGCUGUGCUACGUGGCUUUUGAUGCAGAGAAGGAGCUAAGCAAGAGGCCGGAGGAAGUUUUGAAAGAAUACAGAUUGCCAGAUGGGACUGUCCUCUGCAUCGGGGAACAGCUUCACCAGGUGCCCGAGGUCCUCUUUGCGCCUGACCUGCUAGGCAUCCAUAGCCCUGGGCUUUCAAAAAUGGUCACCAGGAGCAUCAUGAAGUGCAACAUCGACAUCCAGAUGGCCCUUUUUGCGGAGAUUGUGCUGGCUGGGGGCACCACUUUAUUCCCUGGCCUCGAAGAACGCCUCUUGAAAGAGCUGGAACUAUUAGCUUCCAAAGGGACCCCCAUCAAGAUCACAGCUUCUCCAGAGAGGUGUUUUUCUGGGUGGAUCGGCGCAUCCGUUGUGACCUCUUUAAGCACGUUCAGGCAAAUGUGGGUCACCUCUGCCAUGUUCAAGGAGUUUGGGCCAUCAGUGGUCCAGAGAAGAUGCUUUUAGAGGACCCUGAGCACAGCAGGGGGCAGCUGGAAAGCUUGGAGCACAAGGGCA